AUGAAGUUCACCGAGGGAAUGUGGCGCCUUCGCGAAGGCAUUCGCAUUGACUGGAUGAACAAUGUCGAGAGACUCAGCGUUGAGAAUGACUCGGUCGACCUCCUCUUGAAUAAGUUCCAGAGACAUCGUGGAGACACGCUAAACUCAGCGGCCAUUCAAGCUCAUGUCACUUCUCCCUUGGAGGGUAUUAUCGGGGUGAAAUUUGUCCAUUGGGCUGGCCAAGUGGACAAUGGCCCUCACUACAAAUUGGCCUCCUCAUACGGUCACACCAAGAUCCACCACGAAAAGAGCAAGACGCUGCAAUACAGCAGUGGUCCCCUAGACUUGAACAUCAAGACUGAGGCAAAUGAGCUGGAUUUCGUAUUCUCGGGAGCCAAGGGCAAGCUCACCGGCCACUCGUGGCGAUCUAUCGGAUACAUCGGAGACCAGACGACGGAGAAAUCCCGCUGGGACGAUGGUAUCUUCUUCGAGCGCCAGGGAUACAUGCUCGCGGCGCUGGACCUGGGCGUCGGCGAACGGGUCUAUGGGCUGGGAGAGCGAUUCGGGCCCCUCGUCAAGAACGGACAGACCGUCGACAUCUGGAACGAGGACGGCGGCACCUCAUCCGAGUUGGCAUAUAAGAACAUCCCGUUCUACAUCAGCUCGAACGGGUACGGUGUCUUUGUGAACAACCCCGGCAAGGUCAGCUUGGAGAUUCAGUCCGAGCGGACUACGCGCGUGAAUCUCUCCAUCGCUGGUGAGGAGCUGGAAUACUUUGUGGUGUAUGGAAGUACACCCAAGGAGAUUCUGAACCGGUACACGGCCUUGACCGGUCGUCCUAGCCUGGUUCCGUCUUGGAGUUAUAACCUGUGGCUUACUACCAGUUUCACAACCAACUACGACGAGCAGACCGUCACUGGUUUCUUGGACGGGUUCCGGGACCGGGACAUCCCCCUAGGCGUCUUCCACUUUGACUGUUUCUGGAUGAAAUCCUACCAAUGGUGCGACUUUGAAUUCGACUCCGACAUGUUCCCCGAUGCUCCGGGCUACCUCAAACGAUUGAAAGACCGGGACCUUCGCAUUAGUGUCUGGAUCAACCCUUACGUUGGACAAGCAUCGCCGCUCUUCGCGGAGGGCAAGAAGAAUGGCUAUUUCAUCAAGCGCACUGACGGCUCCGUCUGGCAAUGGGACUACUGGCAAGCCGGCAUGGCCGUCGUCGACUUCACCAACCCGGACGCCUGCGCCUGGUUCUCGUCGCACCUGAAACGCCUUAUGGACAUGGGCGUCGACAGCUUUAAGACCGACUUCGCCGAGCGCAUCCCCUACCGCAACGUGCAGUACCACGACGGGUCGGACCCCGUCCGCAUGCACAACUACUACACCCUGCUCUUCAACAAGGUCGUCUACGACACCAUGAUCGACCGCUACGGCGCGUCCCAGAGUCUGCUCUUCGCCCGCAGCACCGCCCCCGGCGGCCAGAUCUACCCAGUCCACUGGGGCGGCGACUGCGAAUCCACCUACGAAGCCAUGGCCGAGUCCCUGCGCGGCGGGCUCAGCCUCAUGCUCUCGGGCUACAUCUUCUGGGCCUCCGACAUCGGCGGCUUCGAAGGCACCCCGCCGCCGGCGCUCUACAAGCGCUGGGUCCAAUUCGGCCUGCUGUCCUCGCACUCCCGCCUCCACGGGUCCUCUUCCUUCCGCGUCCCCUGGAUCUACGGCGAGGACUGCAGCGCCGUGCUGCGCGACUGCGUCAACCGCAAGAUCCUCCUCACCCCGUACCUCCUCGCUGAGGCCCUCCGCGGCCACAACGAGGGCGUGCCCCUCAUGCGGCCCAUGUUCCUCGAAUUCCCAGAGGACUUGACCACCUACCCGCUGGACACGCAGUACAUGUUCGGCCCCAACCUGCUCGUGGCCCCCGUCUUCUCCGAAAACGGCUCCGUCACGUUCUACGUCCCGCGCACCCCCGAGGACGACGCCGGCCGCUGGAUCUCCUGGUUUGAUCACAGCAAAUCCUACGAGUCUGGGCGCUGGUACACCGAGACGCACGGCUUCGAGACCCUGCCCAUCUUGAUCCGUCCCGGGUCGGUGACCCCGAUCAACGCGAAGUUGAAGGCGCCGCAGGGCGACGCGCUCGAUGGGCUGGAGGUGCUGGUCAAUGGAUCGUUGCAGGACAAGGAGAUCAAGCUGGAUGUCGUGGAUCCGAGCAACACGGGCAAGGUCUUGAAGGUGGUUACCGUUGGGGCCAAGGAUGGGGCGGUGGUUGCUGAUGAUGCCGCGGUGAAGGUCACUUGGGUGGGACGGUAG